AUGUCUAUACUCAACAGCGUUUUUAGGUUAUUCGGUGAAUAACUGAAUUUGUAUUUAUUUUAACUGUUAAACGGAAAAGACAAAUAACCAACCCUAAAAAUGGCAGCGGCUAUGCCCAUCAAUCCCAAACCUUUCCUCAACAGUUUGACAGGGAAGUCCGUGCUUGUGAGGCUAAAAUGGGGCCAUGAAUACAAAGGGCUCUUGGUGUCCGCCGAUGGUUACAUGAAUCUACAAUUAGCUAACACCGAGGAAAUUGUUGACGGCAAAUGCACAGGAAAUCUUGGAGAAGUUCUAAUCAGAUGUAACAAUGUUCUGUAUGUGCGAGGGGCAGAAGAAGAAGAUGAAGAGGGAGAAAUGAAAGAAUAACUUUUAGUCUAUAAUUUUAAUAAGUUUACUAGGGUACUGGACUUACGGAGACCAUGAAACUGGUAAAAGGAUCUGUACUGAGUGAGCCAAUGACUUUAUUUUGGUAACCAAACUUUAACAUACACAUUCCUAACCAAACCGCUGAGAAUAAUGGAACCAAUGAUGUUAUUAUAAGUUUAUAGAAUUUAAACUUGAGUCUGGAUAUAUGUUUUCCAUUUGAAUCAGAAACUAAUGAUUUACAUGGAAACAAUCAUGUAUGAGACUUGUGGUUAUAGCCUGUCCAAUUUCUAAGAUCAAGUUUGCCAUAAUUUACUAUGGCAUACUUGAUCUUAGAAAUACAGACUGACUAUACUUAACAAGGGAUUCUUUUAGUUAGUUUCAUGAACUCUACUCAGAGUGUUUGUGGAACAUUGCACCAACUGUUGAAUUGAAUUAUUCAAUUUUGUGAUUUUCUUAAAUAAUAAGAAUCUAUUCCAA